AUGGUGUUGACAGCAAACGUGUAUAUAUCUUUGUGGUUUAUGAUGGCGAAAAAUGAAUUGAAACGACCAUUUUCUGAUUCAACGGAGAAUCUGACAAUAACAACAAACACUUAUGAACAUUUGCUCACGAAAGCAAAAUAUAACAAGCAAUCUGUCGAGAACGUAAAAAGGAAUUUAAUGGGAGAAUUUGGGAGUAAUAAGGAUGCAAACCAAAGCGAGCAAAAUCUUGCAGCUUUGAAGUUUAAUUUAAUAACAACAGAUACUCCAUUUACGGAAUCUAACGCAGUUGUUUCGGAGAAAAUGGCAACCACAGCAAGUAAUUUUGAUAUUGAGCCAAAUGAUUUGGUCACACAUAAUGACCCUUCAUGGGAAUCUGCGAACUUACCAGAUGUAAUUUAA